AUGUUCAAAUCAAAUAUUUCAAAUAAUUUUGAGCUUAAGUUGGAACAGUUGAAUACCUACAAUCUCAUUUUGAGACAUAAACAUCCAUACCAUGUAAUAGAAGAUAAUUUUUUCAUCAAUAUCAGUCAGGUAUCAUUGAUAUCAUUUUGUGUCAGCAACACAGAUAUAAUUUUACAAAAGCCUAAGAAAAACAGACUUGAAGUACAACAAUUUUGGAAGCUAUUAAAAGUAGUUGGAAAGGACAUAAACUGUAGUAAAUCCUUGUACAUGCAUAUCAUUAUUUACUUAGGGAAAAGUAAGAACAGUAAACAAAAGAAGCUUCUAAAAGAGCAAAAACUUGCAAGUAAAAAAUAA